AGCUUUGCAUCUGCCUGGCCCCAGUCAUUGUCAGCAGGCUGCUCUGCCAUUGGCUGCCUCUACUGCUGCCUAAUAGGUUCAGCACAGACACUGCUCUCCCAUCUGUCCCACUCUUUAUUGUUCAGCCUGCCUGCAGCCAGCACUGGGUUAAGGACUGCUCCAAAGAAGCCAAUGUCUGUGUGUUCCCCAGCUAAAGAGUUCAGGUCGUACUAUCAAGGCUUUAGAAAGGUGGAAUCGGACACAUGUACCGGCUUCAUGGGCUUAAAGGAUGAUUUCGGGCACAGCUUCGGCCAUCUUUACGCAGAGAGCAGUAAUUCCACUUUAGGUGCAAUUGUACCGUGGACUAUCCUGCGGAAACCCACCAUGGAUAAAAUCAAUUCCAGAAAGGAUGAUUUGGACAAAGAUACCUCCGAGGAGACCUGCAGCACCAGCGGUGACUCAGAAGAAAGCACAAAUUCUGACAACGAGUUGGAGUUGUCGGGGAGACUCGUAGCCGAACCUUGUCAGGUAACCAAACCACACAGACAGCUCUGUCGCUCUCCUUGCAUUGAGCCAUACAUUCUGAAAAGGAAUGAGAUCCUACAGGACCUAAAAAAUGAGGAUGUUCUGAUAGGAGCUAAGGAGAUCAAGAACCUACCUGACGCGUCGAAGGACUACCAAACAAAACUGGACUUUGCACUUAAGCUAGGAUACUCGGAGGAGCAAGUUCUUCUUGUCCUCAACAAGUUGGGAACCAAUGCUUUAAUCAAUGACAUUUUGGGGGAGCUUGUCAAGCUUGGUAGCAAGAGUGAAUGUGAACAAAAUGGAAGUGUUAGUACAAAUGUACGGGAACCAUCGUCCUUUGAGUCUCAAAGAUCAGAAUCUCCUUUUCAACAGGAAGUAAUAGAUGAUUGCGAUAACCUAAGGCCCAUUGUUAUUGAUGGGAGCAAUGUUGCCAUGAGUCAUGGUAAUAAAGAAGUGUUUUCUUGCCGUGGGAUCAAGCUAGCUGUCUCCUGGUUCUUGGACAGAGGACAUAAGAAUGUCACCGUGUUUGUACCAGCCUGGAGGAAAGAACAGUCCCGGCCAGAUGCGCUCAUAACUGAUCAAGAAAUCCUGCGCAAGCUAGAGAAGGACAAGAUCUUGGUGUUUACUCCAUCCCGUCGAGUCCAGGGAAGAAGGGUAGUGUGCUAUGAUGAUCGCUUCAUAUUGAAGCUGGCAUUUGAAUCAGAUGGCAUUAUUGUGUCUAAUGACAACUAUCGGGAUCUGGCCAACGAGAAGCCUGAAUGGAAGAAAUUCAUUGACGAGAGGUUGCUAAUGUAUUCAUUUGUCAACGACAAAUUUAUGCCUCCGGACGAUCCACUAGGCAGGCAUGGACCAAGCCUGGAUAAUUUUUUAAGAAAGAAGCCUGUUCUUCCAGAAUACAAGAAGCAGCCAUGCCCAUAUGGGAAGAAAUGUACCUAUGGACAUAAAUGCAAGUAUUAUCACCCAGAAAGGGGAAAUCAGCCACAAAGGUCCGUAGCUGAUGAACUUCGUGCCAUGUCUCGGAACAACAUAGCCAAAACCGCUGGUGAAAUUGGACUGGUGAAGAGCAACAGCGUGCCUUCAAAUACAAAGAUUGACACCAGCUCAGACGGAAAACGCUCAACUCCAAAGAGGCAGUCAGAUCCUAGUAUAAGAACUCAUGCGUAUGACUUGGAGGAAAAGCUCCCCACCAAAAACAAGUUGGAAACUAGGUCUGUGCCAUCUUUAGUUAGUAUAUCAAGCAUAAAACCCCAAAGUACAACUCCAUCUAGAAAUGGAGCUCUUGCCAAUGUGCAUUUACCAUCUCAGGACCAAGUACUACCUGGACUGUACUCUCCAAUGAUAUUGGCAGCAAAGAAUCAUGGGACAAUCCCAUGUGACCAAUACCCUAAAUGUGAAUCCCCUAUCGAUACUGGAUAUUAUUCAAUGAUGAAUGCUUAUUCAAACCUCAGCUUCUCUGGAAACCGAAGUCCGGAACGUCGUUUCUCAUUGGAUACAGAUUACCGGAUAAGUUUUGUGGCUUCUGACUGCAGCAGCGAAGGUAGCUUGAGUUGUGGGAGCAGUGACUCCUACUCAGGUUAUAACGACCGAUCUUAUGUCAGCUCCCCUGACCCUCAGCUGGAGGACAACCUGAAAUGUCAGCAUAUUCACACACACAGCCGGGCAAAUUCUCAAGCAUUCCAAGGCUACCAUGACCCCUUGAUGAGGGUCCAAAGUUAUGGUCAUGAGCCAGAGCCAAAGCACCACCAUAAGCCUCCACCACCGUACAUGCCAUUACCACCCUUGCAUCAUGCUGUUGCUGCACGUUCAAGCUGCCCAAAUGAUUACCAUGUUUCCCCAAAUUCACCUAUGUCAAAGAGUGGAAUUAUGGGUAGAUCACUGGUUUCUACAAGAAUGGAGAGCAUCUCUGAUUCCCGCUUGUAUGAAAGCCCUCCUCAACGACAGCACAAAAUAUACCUUAGCCAAGAAAGCCCAAGAAACGGCGACCGGGGAAAUUAUCCUGUGGAUCCUUAUGGUUAUCGCCCCGGUUACCCGGUUUCAGGUAACCCAUCACAGCCAUGUUAUGAGCAGUUUGCUUUCCAGAGCCAACUGGAGAACCAAGACCCUUCUUGGAGGGUUCCAUACUGUGGCAUCCCCCAAGAACUUCCAAGAUUUUCAAACACCAGAGAAAAAAUCUUUAUGAACUUGUGUAACAUCUUCCCAGCAGAACUUGUGCGCAUGGUGAUGAAAAGGAAUCCGCACGUCACCGACGCCCAGCAGCUCGCAGCAGCCAUUUUGAUGGAAAAAUCCCAGUGUGGAUAUUGAAGAUAAUAAGAAACAAAAAAAACUAUACACCUUUUGCGGUGUGAAAUUUAUUUCUUUUGUUCAGCUAUUGCUGAAGGAGGUUUGCUACAAUAGCAUUUGUAAUCUCCUUCUCAGGGGGUUAUAUAGUAAUUCAUUUAUGUUAAUUAUAGAGCCAUGCAUCUUUUGUGGUCACACUCGAGUCUUAUUUGUGCUCAAGAUUUGUAUUGAGGAAUGAAGGCUCAAUUACAGCACAGGGUUAUAAUACCUUCGUAUGAAAAGCAAAGGUUAUUUUCCUUUAAUGUUUUUUGUAACUGCUUUGAUAAAUCGCAUAACCCUCGGCCUUUGUAAAAUGGCUUAUUAAUUUUAUAAACAUAGAUAUUUAUUUAUAUUUUGAUAUUUUGGUGCAUCAGGGGUUUCCAGGGACGCACUUUUUAUUCCUCUGAUCAUUCCCUAACAAACCAGUUUAAAGCACCAGUCCCUUUUUAAAGACCAAUAAUGUUAAACUACUGAUCAAAAAUUCAUUUGUUAACCUAAUAUGACUUAAAGCUGAACUCCAGACAAACAGAUAAAUACUCAGAUGAAAUACCUAUAUGGGAGCUGUUUUAUAUGAUAAAAGAUUUGUAUUUCUGACCAUCCAGUCCUGAGAUUUACAUGGCUUUACCACACAGAACAUCUCUUUUGGCAGGACAGGAGACCUAUUUUGAAGCAGCUGCAUUUAAGUAACAUUAUAGGUCUUGUCCCUCCCUCUUAAACUGUGACUGGACAGUACAAGGUGAAGCAGCAGACUGAUGCGCUCAUCUCUUGCUCAUCCUGCUAUCACCUCCAAUCAACACGCUCCUUAUUAGCACAUGAGCACUGCAGCACAACCGAUUGGCUCCUUGUACUGUUCCUCCCUCUCCCAUUGUGAGCUCUGGCGAACAAAGACUGCAAGAAGACGAUACUGGGUCAAAUAUAGAUACUAAUUGCAUUUAAAAAAAAAAAGUAAUGAUUUAUUAAUGAAUACAGAGCUACAUUCACUUGUGUCUUUAAAAGCUGCCUGGAGUUUAGCUUUAACAUAACAUAGGUAAUUUUAGACUUUUGUAAUAUAAGAUGUACGUUACAGGUCAGGACAAUAACAAAGAAUGCCUUUUUCUAACACUCACCUUUAGCUUUACCAAAUUAAGUUAUUUUAAUUUUAUUUUUGAUGUAUUUAUUUUUUUAUUUCUUCCCUGCUGUUCAGUUUAGGUUGAGUUUACAGUUUGCAUAUCCUCAAAUACUUAAGGACCACUUGUUAUUAUCAGGAUCACAUUGAAACUAAGGAAAAAGGGACUGCUACUUUAAUUAGUGGGUUUACCCAUACACGUAGCUUAUUACUUGAAUUAAGCAUUGUAACACUGUAGAGUUUUUUGUGUUUUAUCACUUUUUUAUUAUUUUAUUUUACUUUUGUUUUCUAAAAACAAAGACCAAACAGCACUGAUAUUUUUUUAAUUUUUAACUAUUUAUUUUAAUGAUUUAAUUUUGUUUUGUACUUUACCGACUAACAUGGCUUACAAUAUAUCAAUCAUUUACAAAGAACAACACUUUUUAUUGUGUAUUUUAUUGUUAUUUUUAUAUUGGCACAGUUCUUCUUUUAUUGUGCUAUUAGUACAUUUUCAUUUCUAAUUUUUACUGUUUUUGGGUAUCUACUUAGUAUUGAGUUGUAAGGCUUAAGUGCCGACUUUAAUUAAUGUAGGAUCAAUAUACAGAUCUAAGUUUUAUAAAUGUACUUUACAAAAAGGUCAUGGCUAUUUUAAGUCAGGUCUGUGAUUUUAAUUAGUUUAUAUAUAUAUAUAAAAAAAAAAAAAAAUGAUGGGCCUACUCGAAAGAGACAAGAUAUGUUUUCUGUGGUCAUCUGAUAAAAUAAUUUUUACUUAUUCUAUAUUUAAUGGUCACCCAUUAUUUAAUUGUAAAUGAGAAGGGUAUAACAUAUUGGAAGUGCUUUCUUUUUUAAUUUAUUUUGGCUUUAGUGCACUUUAGAAAGGUGAUGGUAAUCAUUGCCUCUUAUGCAUAUAAGCCCUACAUCCUCCCUAUAUACACGUUGCCAUGGCAGACCUAGAAAUCCAAAUUAUGGUAAAGUUAGGUGUGACAGUAUUUUUCCCGAGUCUGUCCUGAAGAACUAACUGCUGCCAAAGCUUUGUAUUUCAUUUUUUAAUGAUCCAGUUAGAUUUUAUUGCUUUGUGUGUCCCUAUUGGGAUUAUUUGCCUGACUAUUGAGACAGAGAGCUGUGAUAUUUUCAGGAAGCUAUGUACAACUUGCCAACACCUCCCACUUGCCAUGAUCUGCCUGCAUUGCACAGAGACCUAAUGAUGAUGUCACUAGGUCUUAAGUAUGUAAUAAAACCAGAAACAUUUUUUUUAUUUGAUUUGCAUGAUGAUGAGCAGGGAAAGGAGUAAACAGGGAAGGCAAAAUACGAUCACAUUAAACUUCAGCUUUAAAGCAAACCUUUGCCCAUUUAAGGCAAAGGAAUAGGUUUGAUGUAAUACCCCAAUAUACACUUAGCUUAUAUUACCACUGGGAGCCAAAGGAAAUAGCCUGUACUUCCAGGUAUAAAGGAGCAUGUGACCCACUCCGUGUGACAGCACUGAACCAAGCACUGCCAACAUGGGGAGCCCAUAGCCAUGGGUAAGCUACGACCCCAGAGCAUAGGAUUUUCUUUGCUUCUGCUGGCUGAACAAAGCAGUCAAGGAACAAAAGGAAGACAAUUAUGUGCUCCUAUGGAAGUUAACAUAGGUUUACUUUAAAGUAGAGAU